AUGGGUUCUUCAAAGCGAUUGGCAAAACUCAUUUCCAUCAUUGCUUUUUCCACUUAUUUCUUUGUCAUCAUUUUUCAAGUUCCCAUUUUCAGUGUUCCAUGCAGAACCGGAAUCUGCAAGACACCAUUAGAAUUGACAUCUUCUCAAUUAAUUGCAAGUGAGGUUUUUCCUCUUUUCAUAGUGAAAUCUCUCAUCUACCCAGGAACAGUUGCAAAGGCUAUUUUCAAGCAGAAAACCAUCCCAAGUUACAAAAACUUGUUGCACAAUUUCAAUACAAGGACAAUCUCUGUUGACUCGGAACUCCAACGACUAGAGGUUCUUGCAGGAAGCUAUUUGUGUGUAGGAGGAGCAAUCUUGGGUCUGAUAAAACCAGGAAGAAUGGGACUUUUUGGAGUACUUCUUCUUAUGUUGGGUCUGAUCAGAGAACAUAUCAUGGGGAAAUCGGAUUUGACUCAUGCAAAGGGUAUUCAAAUCUAUCCAACCAUUUUUAUUGCUCUAGUCUCAGCAUUCUUCUCCAUUAAAAGCGAUGUUAGAGAGAUAAUUCAUACCUUUAAUCUAAAGCGUGCUGGGAAGGCAAAACAUUACUAA